UUCCUCAUUAAAGGAGAUCCUGCUUUGAUUGUUCUCCCUGGCACAUCUGAUUGUCCUCCCAGGAGGGAGGGCUGGGUGUGGUCUGCCAGUCGACCUGACCUUUCCUCUCUUGGUUCAUCUUGGUUGGGGCGUGCUUUUCCCGCUUCUCCCACUGGUCAGGAGGAGACGGGCUAAAAACCCCAACAUCUGGCGCCCGGAACAGGGACGCCGAACAGGGACACGAAGAAAGUGUCAACGAGCCAAGCGAGUACCGAGGUCCAAUGGUGUGAACCUCAGCACCGGGCACAGAGAUAUCAUCAUCAUGACAGACGGCUACCUGUGGUUUGAAGGGUUACCUUUCCCUUCUAUUGAUUACAGCUAUGAAGGCCUAAAAGAAGCAUGUACUAAAUUUGUGAUAAAGGAUGAAGAUACAGUAAUGGUGUCAUACCCUAAGUCAGGAACCCACUGGUUGAUUGAAAUUCUCUGCCUGAUUCACUCCAAAGGCGAUACCACGUGGAUUCGAUCUGUGUCCAUCUGGGAUCGUGCACCCUGGUUAGAGAUAGAUACAGGAUACAAAUUGUUAAAGGAGAGAGAGGGCCCACGGUUCCUGACCUCUCACCUCCCCUUCCAUCUCUUCCCCAAAUCUUUUUUCACUUCCAAGGCCAAGGUGAUAUAUAUCAUGAGAAAUCCCAAAGAUGUCCUCGUGUCAGGUUACUAUUUUUGGACUACGACAAAAUUUUCUAAGAAACCAGAGUCACUGGAUCAAUAUUUUCAGUGGUUCCUCCAAGGCCACGUGCCCUAUGGAUCAUGGUUUGAGCACAUUCGUGGCUGGAUGUCCAUGAGAGACAGGGAGAACGUCCUGCUGCUGAGUUAUGAAGAGCUGCAGAAGGACCCAAGAAGCACCAUAGAGAAGAUCUGUCAAUUCCUGGGAAAGAAGUUAAAUCCAGAAGAACUGGACUCAGUCCUCAAGAAUAGCUCCUUCCAUGUCAUGAAAGAAAACAAGAUGUCCAAUUUAGAGACGUUGCCUGAAACUCGUGUUGAUAAGGAUUUCAAAAUUACAAGAAAAGGCAUCUCUGGGGACUGGAAGAAUCACCUCACAGUGGCCCAAGCUGAAGCCUUGGAUAAAUUAUACCAGGAGAAGAUGGCGGGUUUCCCCAAAGAGCUGUUCCCAUGGGAGUAGUGUCUAAAAAUUCUGGAUCUUUUAUGGAUACUAACAUUGUUUCCUGUCUUGGGAUAUUUACAGGAUUGGGAGGUUCUUAAUAUAAAAACCAUUUCUAUGAGAAAAGGAAGGAAAAGAUAGGAUAACAUAAAGAACCAAUGAAAUGUAAAAUAAUAAAUGAGUAAAACGAAGUCUAGUCGGUCAGAGGAAGGAAAAUGGGUAAGGGGGUGCACAGGAGAGAAAGAUGGAUUGUGAUCUAAAAUUGAUUGCAUGGAUGACUUUUUACGGAAGAUCUCAACACUAUGUAUAACAAUACAGCUGUGUCAAAAAAAAAAUCAAUUACCUGUUGAAAAUUACUAGAAUUUUCCUAUUCACUUCACCACAUCCUGGCUUUUAAAAAAUCUAACUAAUAUUUCAAACACAUAGAGGCCUACAAAAAUAAAAUGAAUAUCCCACCAUUGUGUCUCAUUUUUAAAACAAGAAAUAAAAUUUAGAACCAGUUGAGGUUCCUUUCUAUUA